CUAUCACUUUUGCUUGUCCACUUGUUCAGCUCUUACUUGCUUAUUUAUUUAAAUAUCGUCUUAUUUGCGCCAGUCGCUCAGUAACUUUGACCAGGUGAACAUCGUUUUGUCUGUGUUUGAAAUUGAAAACAACUUAAGAACAUCAACAAUGUCUAAAAAAGCUUGUUGCCAUGGUCCCGGUUAUAAGAGCCCCAUUGAUGCGAUGAAAAAUGGACCUCGCGAGAAAUUGCUCUACACUGUUACCGUGCAGCCUAAUCUAGAUGAACCCCAUGGUGAUUACUUAUCAACUGUGGAUGUGGAUCCCGAAAGCCCAACUUAUUGUCAGGUGAUUCAUAGGACCUUUACCAACCGCAAAGGAAAUGAACUUCAUCAUUCGGGCUGGAAUGCUUGCUCCAGCUGCUACUAUGUUGAUGAGAAUGCUAAGCAAAUACCGAAACGUGACAAACUUAUAUUGCCUUCAAUUGUGUCCGAUUUCAUUUACGUACUGGAUGUGGCGACUGAUCCACGUAAACCCUCGAUAUAUAAGACCAUCGAUGGGGAUGUGCUUAAGCAACAUAAUGUAACUGCACCACAUACAACGCAUUGUCUAGCUGAUGGUAAUAUUAUGAUUUCGACAUUGGGCGAUGCUGCAGGCCAUGCCAAGGGUGAUUUUAUACUCUUCGAAACGAACAAUUUCGAUUGUGUUGGUACGUGGACGAAGGGCAAAGAAGUGGCUUUGUGUGGUUAUGACUUUUGGUAUCAACCAUAUUUUGAUGUGAUGGUGUCAACGGAAUGGGGCGCACCCAAUAAGUUUAAACGUGGCUGGCGAAACGAAGACCUCGAUGACAUGACCCAAUAUGGUUGUCGAUUGAAUUUUUACAAAUGGUCAACGCAUACCCUAUAUCAAACUAUUGAUUUGGGUUAUGAGGGUACAACACCAUUGGAGGUUCGCUUUAUGCACGAUCCCAAACGUGGAGAAGGAUUUGUGGGCUGCUGUUUGAAUGCAAAUAUAUACUAUUUCAAAAAGAAACCCGAUUCCGAUGAAUUUGUAGCAAAAAAAGUGAUUGACAUACCCGGCAAGCUAAUUUCAAUUGAUGGUGGCAAACCUGAGACUUUGAAUGGUAUGGUUUCCGACAUAGUGCUCUCUUUGGAUGACAAAUAUCUAUAUGUAAAUUGUUGGUUACACGGUGAUCUACGCCAAUACGAUGUUAGUGACCCAGAGAACCCACGUCUAACAGGCCAGCUGUUUUUGGGAGGUUUUAUUUGCAAUGAUUGGAAACAUGUAGAGGUUCUUGAAGAUAAGGAACUCACGAAACGUCCCGAGCCACGUUUUGUUAAAGGUCGCAGACUCGAAGGAGGGCCACAAAUGAUGCAACUCUCCUUGGAUGGCAAGCGAUUGUAUGUUUCGUCAUCUCUCUUUUCGCCAUGGGAUAAGCAGUUCUAUCCAAAGAUGGUUGAAAAAGGCGGUACCAUAAUUGAAAUUGAUAUUGAUGUUGUUAACGGUGGUAUGAAGCUGAACGAGAAUUUCCUGGUUGACUUUGGUAAUGAACCUCAUGGACCAGCACUACCGCAUGAAAUGCGUUACCCAGGUGGUGAUUGCACCUCCGACAUUUGGUUGGUUAACGAUGAAAAAUGAAUUUUUUAAAAUAUAGAAGUCAAUGUUAAUUUCAAUUCGCUGAAAAUCUCAGAAAAAAGUUACGGAAAUCAGCGCAUAGUAUCCAAUUACAUAUAAUAUAAAACAUUUAUAGCAUGGAAGGCGGCUUUAUAUGUAAAGAAGAAGAAUCCUACUAUGCGAUUUGCGUUUUUAUUAACUUCAAACCAGACAUUUCAUUCGAAAUGAAUUGUCAAUUAUGUAAUGCGAAGUAAUCAUGAAUAAAUUUUAAAAAGCAAUAAAAA